AUGUACAAAGUUGUGCUUGAUGAUGGACUUACAUUGGCCGUUCGGAGAUUGGGCGAAGGAGGUUCACAAAGGUUUAAAGAAUUCCAAACUGAAGUGGAAGCUAUAGGAAAGCUUAGACAUGAAAACAUUGUGACUCUCAGAGCUUAUUAUUGGUCAGUAGAUGAGAAGCUGCUCAUAUAUGAUUUCAUACCAAAUGGCAAUCUUGCUACUGCAGUUCAUGGAAAGUCAGGGUUAACGACGUUUACACCUCUUCCAUGGUCCCUGCGGUUGAAAAUAAUGAAAGGAGUGUCGAGAGGCGUCGUUUAUCUGCACGAGUGUAGUCCAAAAAAGUAUGUUCAUGGUGACAUAAAACCAUCGAAUAUAUUGCUUGGACAUGACAUGGAGCCCAAAAUCUCUGAUUUUGGUAUUGGUCGUUUGGCUAAUAUAACCGGCGGAUCACCAACUGUGCAGUCAGGUCGAAUGGUCUCCGAGAAACCACAGCAGUGGCAACAGAGCAGUACAGCUUCAGAAGCUGCAAUGUUUUCCCCGGUUGUGUCCUUCAGCCCCAAUUAUCAAGCUCCAGAGGCGCUAAAAGUGGCGAAACCAUCCCAAAAGUGGGAUGUCUACUCAUACGGAAUAAUAUUACUGGAAAUGAUAACUGGAAGAAUGCCACUAGUCCAAGUGGGAAACUCGGAAAUGGAUCUCGUCCAGUGGAUGCAGCAACGCAUCAAAGAGAAGAAACCACUUGCCAAUGUUUUAGACCCUUACUUAGUUCAAGAUGCUGAUAAAGAAGAAGAGAUGAUAGCGGUUCUAAACAUUGCAAUGGCGUGCACGCAAAGCAGCCCCGAUGCCAGACCUUCUAUGCGACAUGUUUCGGAUGCUCUAGAAAGGGUGUCAUCAUCCCUUGACUGAAAGUUCAUGCAGCUCUUGGAGUCGAUUGCAAUUGCAUACGGUCGAGGGCAUUUAUUACCCAUCAACUAUCACUGUUUGUUCAAGUUUUGUGUAUGAAAAUGAAGGACUUCAACUUGUCUACUUCUUGAUCUUACUAUAAACCUUAAUUCUUGUUAUU